AGAUCAAAGCAAUAAGAAAACAAAAGGCUCAAACACUCCGAGAGAUAUCAUCAUGGACCAAUAUGGGAAUGAAUACGGUGGUGGAGGAGGCGCUUAUGGUCAGUCGGCUGGUGGUGGCUAUGGCCAACAGCCUGGUGCUUAUGGACAACAGGUUGGAGGUUAUGGUCAGCAGGCUGGUGAUUAUGGGCAGCAAGCUGGCUACGAGCAAGCCAACCAAUAUGGAGGAGGUUAUGCACAAGAUGGUGCCGGUGGGGGCUAUGUUGAUUACGGCCAAACCGGUGGUGGUAGUGGCGGUGGUGUAAUGCAACAGCCUUAUGGGGUAAAGGCCAGACCAAGAGUAGAUGUUGAAGCUGAAGGAGAAGUGGAUCCAUCUUUGUAUCCGGAGCCGAAAGAGGCAACGCACAAAAUUCGUGGAAAGUCCGAUGUAAUUGAGAUGCUAUUUGGGCCUGUGGACCAGGAACUGCUCGUUGUGAAGGGCUUUUAUUUCUUUUUCUAUUCAGCUUUUGGAUCGUUGUUCCCGUUGAUGGGAGUCUAUUUCAAACAAAUGGGAAUGAAUCCGGGUCAGUGCGGUAUCCUGAUUGGUAUGAGACCUUUCGUUGAGUUUUUAUCGGCGCCGUUUUGGGGAUCAUACGCAGAUAGGUGCAAACAAGGCAAGAAGCUGCUCAUAGGCUCAUUGGCAUGUUGGGUACUAUUCACUUUACCUUUGGGUUUCAUUCAACCUGAAGCUGUAAAAUGCAUCGAACAAAGGAAUCAAACAGACUUCGUACUAACGACAACUAGAGUAAGAAGAGAUGUUUCACCAUUUGAAGGUUUUGAAACGAGCUCGGAGUUGUUCCACGAGCAUGCUCAUAGACCAACGGAAGUUGUUAAAAGGAAACGUCGUUCAGCUUUUCCCUUUAGAAUUGAUGCUGGAAUUUCUCCGAUCCAUGUUAAUUUCGCAUCAAACUACGACGAUAAACACCAUAAGGACUAUGUUAGUCCCAUAUUUUCGUCGAUGGUCUAUAGAACUCCGGAUAUUCAAAAAGCGUUCUUCCUCUUGCUUCUACUCAUCCUUAUUGGAGAAUUUUUCAGUGCUCCCGCAAUUACUCUGGCUGAUUCAGCUGUCAUUACAUUGUUGGGAGAAGAUGCCGACAAAUAUGGCCAUCAACGUAUGUUCGGGUCAUUAGGCUGGGGCAUUUCUAUGUUCUUUGUUGGCAUUGCUUUGGACCAUUCGACAUCGUUCCCAGAUCAUCCAUGUGGGCCCGAACGACAAGAGAAAAAUUACACGAUUUGUUUCGCAACAUUUUCCGUUCUUAUGACAUGUGCCGUCAUUACGGCCACACAAAUAACAUUUAAGUACGAUUUCUCUGAACCGGAUCAAAAGCCUUCAGAUAACAUCGACAUGGGUCGGACGGCAGAGGACGAAAUUCAGAACCAGCUUGCAGCCCAGCUCAAUCUCCCUUCACUUGCUGUCGGAAGUGGUGGUGCUUCAAGUGGAAUUGCUCCUUUAAAUCAACCAAAUAUAGGGGCACAAUCGAAGAUGUUUGCCCAAACAACGAGAGAAAUGCCAGAAUGGCUAUCGGUGCUACAACAUUUUAAGGACUUAAAGUGCGCCUCAUUUUUAUUCGUAGCCUGGUUCAUGGGAUUUGGAAUCGGUCUUAUAUUCACGUUUCUCUUCUGGCAUCUGCAAGAUUAUGGGGGCUCUCCAACUCUGUUUGGUAUUGCUUCUGUGAUCAAUCACGUCUCGGAAAUCUUCGCUUAUUUCUUCAGCUUUCGAUUGAUCACUGAAAUUGGCCACGUUAAAGUUCUAUGUUUAGGAUUAAUUGGAAAUGUUAUGAGAUUUUUAUAUAUCUCGUACCUUACAAAUCCCUGGGCUGUGCUACCAUUCGAACUCAUGCAAGGAAUUACUCAUGCAGCUGUUUGGGCUGCUUCGUGUUCGUACAUUGCUCAUAACACGCCACAGCAUUUAAGGUCCUCUGCACAAGGUGUUCUCCAAGGAAUCCAUCACGGUUUGGGACGGGGCUGUGGUGCGAUAAUUGGCGGAAUGUUUGUCACCUAUUAUGGAACUACUGCAACUUUCAGAGGAUAUGGUGUCAUGUGUUUGGUGGUCUUGGGCGCAUUUAUAUUCAUCAACUUUUAUCGAAAGGAACAAGGCUUUAUUUCUGAAAUUCCUGCCACUGAGGAUCCUCAUCAGGUUGCUGAGGAAACUUCCCAUUUAGCUCCGCACGGUGUGCCAAGCAAUCCAAUUCCCCGGGCAUUAUCCAAUGCUCGACUCAACGAAAUGAAUCCUCAAAACGGAACAGGAAACACCUAUGGAACGUAUCAGACGACCGGUGGCAACUUGGAUAUCCCUGGAGCGAAUCCUCGUAAUCCAUUUGCUCAGUAAUUUCCAUCCAUCCAUUAACUUUUAUUUUAUUUGUUACUUAAUAUGUAAUUUUAUUAUUUUGAGAUAAGCUUUAAUUUGCAUAUUGAUAUAUUUUGCAAAACAAAAUAAAAAAAAAAUGGGAAGCAACAAAAUAAGAAAAAAAAAAAAACUUAACAAAAAUAAAGAACCUAAAACAUAUCUUCAGCAUUGGCCUGCCCUUAUAAAACAAUGAAAAGGUAAAAAUUUUGCUUAGUUAUUGAAAACAGGAAAA